AUGAGCCCGGUCUCGACCGUUUUUAGCUCGGACACCUCGCAACCUCUCCAAUUAACCCAUUUACUUGACCGAGAAGUCAAUCAACUCUCUGGAGGCGAGUUGCAACGAUUUGCUAUUUCGGUAGCAGCAAUACAAAAAGCAGAUAUUUAUAUGUUUGACGAGCCAUCCAGUUAUUUGGAUGUUAGACAACGUUUAACAGCUGCAAGAGUAAUUAGGGAGUUAUUGACAGAUCAAAAGUUUGUUCGUUUAUUUUUCUAA